AUGGCGCUUCCAGCACCAACCAUCGAUCUCCUCCUGAACCUCAUUGACACGCGCCCGCAGUCCAUUCUCUCUUCGCUCGAGCAGCAUCCUCAUCUUGCCUCUGCGCGCGAUGCCCAUGGCUACUCGCUAGUCCACGCCGCAGCCUCGUACAACCAACUCGCCGUCCUGCGCGACCUGGUCCAGAAAUACAACGCCGACGUCAACAUUCUCGAUGAAGACGGCGAGACGCCCCUCUUCGCAUGUGAAAAGGCAGAGGUAGCAAAAUGUCUGGUUGAGGAACUCGGCGCAGACACCAGCAUAAAGAACCAAGAGGGCCAGACAGCCGAGGACAAGUUCUUGGAAGAGGAAGACGCCACACAUGAAGUAUACCAAUAUCUGACGAGUUUGCGCACCGGUCAUGAGCCCGCUGCUGCAGGCGUCAUAGAGACCGAGGGCGUACAUCCACCGCCUCCGCUGCCCGACGGUGUCAAGGUCAACGUAGGUACUAUGGAAGAAGACGCUGUCGAUGCACCGGAUCCCGAGAUACGGCGACGUAUUGAAGAGCUUGCGGCAAGGCCUGACUACGAUUCCGAAGAGGUACAGCAGCAAUUGAGGGAGCUGGUGCAGGACGUUGUUGGGGGCAUGGGUGCUGCUGAUAGCGGGAGGAGUGUCAGGCCGAGAGUAGAUUGA